UGUGACCCCGUAGUUCCUGCGCUUGCGUACUUCACCGUGGGUCAGACCGCAGCAGCAGCAGCCUGUAAACAUGGCUGGAGUCGGUUUUCGACGCUGGGCCCAACUGCUCUCCAAACGGAAAGCGUCUGGCAUUCCAGCGCUCAUUUCGGGAUGUAGAGCAGCCUCUGGUGUUUCGAAGGAUAUUCUCCCUGGUCCUUACCCUAAGACUCCCGAGGAGAGAGCCGCUGCAGCCAAGAAAUACAACUUGAGGGUCGAUGACUAUCAUCCAUAUCCCGACAAUGGCGAGGGCUAUGGUGAUUACCCGAUGCUAGCAGACAGAUCUCAGCAUGAGAGAGACCCCUGGUACCAGUGGGACCACCCUGACCUGAGGAGGAACUGGGGAGAGCCGAUGCACUGGCAUUUCGACAUGUUCAUCAGAAACCGUGUGGAUACCUCUCCCAGCCCAGUUUCCUGGUCCUCAAUGUGCAAACAGCUGUUUGGUUACAUCGGAUUCAUGUUGUUCAUGUUCUACGUCGGUGGGGUAUACGCAUCAUACCAGCCUGUUGCACCCAAACAGUACCCCUACAACAACCUGCACCUGGAGAGAGGAGGAGAUCCUGAAAAACAACCCGAGGAAGUCAAACAUUAUGAAAUCUAAUGUGUAAACCUGACUGCUGUUCUGUGUAUAUACUAUACUUCUGUCAUGAAUAAAGACUUAUGUAAACAGUU